AUGAAGUUUGCCGCCAUCGUUGUAUUUCUUGCUCUAAUCGCCGUAGCUUCAGCUACAUUUAUUGGAACAUCCGGUGGCUUAGGCUACUCAGGACUCGGCUAUUCUGGUCUCGGACUCUCAGGGCUUGGAUACGGUAAUAACUAUCUAGGAGGGUACGGUAACUCUCUAGGAGGAUACGGAAACUAUGGAGGAUACGGCAACUACGGAGGAUACGGCUAUGGAAGCAGAUACUAUAGCAGUAGAUACUAUGGAAGUAGUUACUACGGAAGCGGUUACUAUGGACUUGGAUUAGGAUCCUCGUAUUACCCAAGCUAUUCUGUUGGAGUUGGUGGUGGUGCAUGGUGCUGA